AUGGAGGUUAAACUAGAAGUUUUAUUAUCGACAAGCAUCAAACAGAAAAAACCUUGGCCUCGAAUUUCCUGGCUGGGACAGAAGAAAAUCCCUCGUCUACAGCUUUUGCUGAAAAAUGUUGUCAUCUUAACAACUUCUAGUAAUGAUGCUUGGCUCGCUGGGUUACUUAACACUGGUGAAAUUUUUCUUUGGAACAAAGAUCAAGACUGCUUGAAAACUGUAUCUGCAACUGAAGAGCCUAAGACACUGAUAACAGCAGCCUUAGAAUGUUCUCUGAGACUGUAUAUCUAUGUAUCAGGAGAUGGAAAAAGAGUUCUACUUACCAUACCUUCUGGAUGCAUCUUGUUGUGGGAGUGUUUGGAGCCUGAGAAUAUUGUAUAUUCCAAAAACUCUUCACUGUUGGGUCAGUGGACACAAAUCAAACCUGAAAAAUCAAUCAUUUUGCCUUCUCCUGAAGAUAAAGAAGCUGUAGUAGAUGCUGUUUUUAUAAGAAAUGAGUUGCUUGGUGAUUGCUGCUUGUGUUCAUUUACCUUUUAUUCUGGAGAAUAUUUGAUGUUAACAUUUUUGGCACUUCAGUGGCAUGAAAAUGUAUCUCGAUCUAUUAGUUCAUUGUCAUACCAGGUCCAUUGGGCACAUCAAGAAUGUUUUCUGUGUACCUUGGUUCCUAAAUGUGAAUCAGUGAAAUCAAGAGGAGCCCUGAUUAUAGCAUUUUCAAGGGAUGGCCUUACCCUGGCAGUAACUCUUAAUCAAAAAGAUCCAAAGGCCACACAAAUUCUAUUUAUAAACAUACUGAAUUUUGUUACUCUCUGUGGUAGUCUUAAAGGUUGUAGCAAUAAGAAUCCUGUGGUUCCAUCCAGACUCAUUAGGUCCUACUGGGUGGGUGAUAUCAGCUGGACUCAUGAUAGCCUUUUUCUGGCCUGUGUAUUAAAACGUGGCUCCUUGGUUCUAUUGAGCUGCUUGGGUGAAUUGCUUACUUUGGUCACAUUUGGUUGCUCUAUAGAAUUUGGACCAGCAGAAUUUAUUCCUCUUCAUCCACUAAUAACAUAUAGACCACAGCAAUUUGUACUGCAAGAUUCAAGUUAUUCCCCUGAUUCAUCAGCCUCUGAUAAUGACCUGACGAGACAGAGAUUUUCUGUAAAAACACACUCAAGAUUACCCUACCUAAUUGUCUCUGAUGGAUAUAUGGUUACAGUACUUCGAUUUUUUGAUAAUCUAACUCCAUCUGUACUUAUGAAAUCAUUUCUACUUGAAUCAACCCAAAGGCUUGAGAAAAUACAUCAAGGGUUAAUAUCUCAGGCUAAAGGAAAAAAUCUGAGACUGCGAUCAUUGGAUUCGCUCCGGUCUAGUCUGUUAAAGCAUCAAGGAAAUCAAAGUUCAGUUGUCUCUGCCAUCCCCAGAUUCUUGCAGGCAGAGGAAGAAGUAGGGGAAUUAACUGAGAAAAUGACAGAUCUGCAGGAUCAUGAAAUAGAAGAAAUUAAUAAUGGUACACAAUUUCCCAACAAUUUUUUCCCUUUUUGGAAUCAGAAAAGUGAUUCUUUGUUUGAAGAAGGAAGACUAGAAUUUGCAUCCAUGUUUGAUACUAUUCAUGCAAAGGAUGAUGCUAAGGAAAAAGAUGAUAUUGUAACAGAACUACAUUCUAUUCAGAAAAAUCUCCUUGCAGCCUGGAAUAUUGGAAUUUCAAAAAACGUGGAACACAAAAAAUUAAUGUUAAAUUACACAGUAAUCUGUAUUACUCAUUUUCUCUACAUUCUUCAGUUUGUAAAAUGUCCUUCUCCUAAACAGAAUCUUUUUUUAAAUAAGACCAUAAGGCACAAUGCCUGGCUGCACUGUGUCUUUCAAGUUUUUCAUCAGUGUCUGUCUGUUCAGUACUGGGAUCUAAGAUACAGACAGGACAUGGGACAUUUGGUAAAGCUGACCUCACAGACACUGAAAUUGAUGUUCGUUCAGCAAGAACAAGAUCAGUUAUUCUCAGAUACCCUUUUAGGAUGUUUCAACUUACUUAAGAUGGUCUCUGACAGUCUAAAUGGCGUAUAUACUCUCAAGCAUCAGCUGAUUUCAGCAUCCUCUGAUGGAAAUAGGACAGUGAAUCAUGAAUCAUUGGUGGUACCUAUUUUUCAAAAACUUUCUUACAACUGCACUCAGAAAUCAUGGUCAUGGAAUUCUUUUUUAAAGAUACCUCCUCAGGCCAUAAAUCUUGUUCAAAAGCCAGGCCACAGGUUAUCCAUCCUUUGGCAGUUGUUGUACAAACAAACUUUGUGGUAUCAAGCUCAUCUAAGUAGGACGGACCCUAAGGACGAUAGACAAUUAACCAAAAGGAUAGCACAUGAAGAAUCCAUUGUCAGAUCCUUGUUAUGCCAUAUACAAGCUAUUCUACAGACGGCAGGAUUUUGCUUGAACCAAGCUUUGGAGCUUAAAUCUGUAAUUGGUGAGGAAUACUUUCUUUUGGGAUCAUAUGAAGAAUCUGUUCAACUAUGGAAGAAAGCACUACAAGAAAACAAAGCAAUAGGAGGAAAGAAGACAUACAUUCUUCAGACACGCUAUUAUCUUGCUCAAUUGUAUUGUCAUCUCUAUUGUUAUAAUUUAAAUGAUGCUCAAGGAAUGUGUGAUCAUUUGGUAAGAGAAAUACUGAGACAGUCUCAAAUGUCUAUCAAAGAAGAGGAAUAUAUUCCAGUUUCAGAGAGUUUUCGUUGUGAUUUUGGAAUAAUUGGAAAUGUUCAUCCUGAAGCUGCACUUGUGGUUGUUCGGUGCAUGGCUCGAUUCAUGGCUGCCUAUUUCACCAACCAGCAGCUUUAUGUGCUCCCACCUCACAAUGUGGGCAUUCUUCCUCCACUUCAUAUAGAAUCAGAACAGUCUGUUCGAAUCAUUCCUCUGCAACACUCUAAGGUGGCAAGUGUUAUUAGAGAUCAAAACCUCUCUUAUCUGUGGACAGUUGAAUAUGCUCUUGAAUUGCUGUUUAUCACUGGUCUGAUCCCAGAGGCUGUGUGGCUUGCUCACAGACUUGGUGACUGGAAGAUGGCUGUUUCAAUUGGUUUAGCCUUCCAAUUAUGCUAUAAAAGUAACAGCAAUUUAUCAAGGUAUAAGAAGAAGGACUUGACUCUACCAUUAAACAUGACUCCAACACGAAUUUUUCAGGAAAAACUACAGUGUUUUUUAGGUCAGCCAGCAUCUUUGGAAGUAGUUAAUGAGUUUGGUCCUAAAUACAAACAGUUUACAGAUCCCAUUGAAGAAGAAGAUGUAGACCUACUUUUUAAUUCCAUACAAGAAGUAUUGAAAGCAGCAGUUAUGGCUGAUGCCGAUAUUCUCUCAGAGACAUUUCAGCUUUUGAUAGACUCAGCCAAAGACUUCAGUAAGAGGUUAUGGGGCUUAGUACCUAUGGGCUUGUAUCUUCCCUCUCCUCCAUUAUAUUGUCCUCAGCCAGCUGUUCUUAGUGAGGACCAUGGUGAUGACCUCCUAUUAAAAGCCGAGAAAGAUUAUCGCCAGAAGGUGUCUGGCAUCCUGCAGCGAAUCCUUCUGCUCUUCCGGGCAGCUUGUUGCUCCUUUCCUGCAGCUCAAUGGUACAUCUUAAAAUUGAGGUGGUCAAGAAAAGUGAUGCAAAAGAUUCGAAUGAAAGGCUCCCUUCCUUUAUUGAGUCCUUUUCCAGAGUCUUUGCUUCAUUAUUGUAAAGUUGGUAUGGCAUUCUAUCGACCUGGAGCCCCUGAAGACCAAAAGCUUGAUGAAGUUUCAUGUAAAACAAUAGGUUGCUUCAGAGAACUCUGUGCUUUGUGUUGGAUGCUUCAUGUCCGGGAAAAAUUGUCGUACAGUUGUAGACAAUAUCAGAUAGCAAGAGAAAAUGUGGAAAAGAAAAAGGAUAUGGAGUUGGAGUUUGAUUCUUGUAUGGUAGAGCACUGUUUCAGUGCACUGGAAUGGGCAUGUAGAAUGUUACCUUUCUCUAGGUUUAUGAAUAUUGAAGAACUUGUGCAGGAUAUAAUUUUGAGUCUUAUUGGAGAACUCCCACCCACCAGAAAGGUGGCAGAAAUUUUGGUGAAAGCAUUUCCCAAUUCUGAAGAUAUAAGAGUACCUUUAAGAGAGAAAUAUAAUUCUCUUCAUCAGAGACUCAGACAUUGUACCGUGAAAGGUCCACAAACUGAGGAAAUGAUGUCUGUCAUCAUGCAUUCUAUUUACAAAGUGAGGGUGAAAGCUCUGAAACGAGUAAGGAGGAAUAUAGGCCCUUUUGAAAUGAAUAUCUGGGAACCACCUGAAGAAGAGACUGUAGAUAAUAAGAUUCAUACUUAUGACCGGUUUUCACUUGGGACCAGUUUGAGCACAAGCACCCUUACUGAAGUGGGAAAUUCCCUGGCUCAUAGUGAUACAGAGACAGCAGAUACUUUCUCAGAAGCUUUGUCAUCUGAAAAAAAAAGAGAGAAUGCCCAGAAUCAUGCAGAAUUCACAUUGAUUAGUAAGCACAAAAAUAAGAAAAAAAAGUUCAAUUUAGAAGAAUGUCCUGAAAGGAAAGGUGAUUAUGAAAAUUUACCAAGAGAAAGUAAAGUUCCUAUAGUAGGUGUUUGGGAAUUUGAACGUGAUGAUGACGAAUAUAUUAAAUUCCUUGAUCUAUUCUUGAGUUAUGUACUUGAAAAAGACCUGACUGGUUCUAAUAAUCCUGGUAUUCCUUUUCUAAGUAGCUUUUCAGCCCAUCUUAAGGAACAUGAGCUUAAUUCUUUGCUUUUUGAUGUUCAUACAACAUUAAAACGUCGUCAGGGCAAAUCCAAAAGCCAGAAUGUGUUCAGAGCUGGCUCCUGCUAUGUUAUCAUUCCUGAGUCUUGUGAAUCAGAAAUAUCAUCUACUUUGAAUAGUGAAAACUUCAAAAAUUUGGAAAAUCAAACAUCUUCACCUUCAGUAUUAGUUGUUCAAGGGCCAAGAUCUUUUAUACAAAACUCUUCAAAUGAAGUAAUGAAAAGCACGGGAAAGAGAGGCUUGUUUGGUUUAAAAGAAAAAUCGAUGUACAGAAUCAAAGAUGACAAUAGAGAGAUACCCAUGCCCCACAGAUUACCAAAACAAGCUUUUCUUCCACAAAACUUUAAGGCUACAAAAUUCACUUAUAAAGCAGUUCAAUGGAAUGACAUUAUUCCUCAUGAAGAACUUUCUCCAGAACUAAAGAACAAAUUUGGAAGCAUAGCAAAACUGCUGGAAUGGAUGAUAAGAUGGUCUGAUAGAAGAAUGCUCUGUGACUCCACUAAACCUGAAUCAUCCAGCCCUGUCAUACGGGUGAGGACCUCAGCAGCUGCCAUUUUAAUGUCCCUCUGGCUUUUAGAACAGUCAUGCUUUGUUCAGCAAACAAGUCGUGUUAUCUGUAAGGUUCCAGAGAAUCAUUAUUCUGUGCCUUCUGUGCUCCUACCUGAAACUAAAUGCAGUAUUGAGAAAGAAAGCAGUGUAGAUACUGACUGUCCAGCAUCAGUGCCAACUCCAAAUGAAAUUCAGGAAAUCCAUAACAGUGAUGAGCCUUAUGAAAACUUUUUGGAAAUAACAACUCAAUCAAAAGAUCCUGAAAUAAAAGAACUCGUUGAGGAGAGCAUUUCUUUUACUCAUGUUACUGAUAAAGAAUUUACAGAUUUUGAUGAAGAUAUCCUAGAAGAAAUGGAAACAUUCACACAAGAGGAAAUGAAAGCGCCAGACUGUGGCGAGAACUCUGAAGAAUCAUUUGGAAGUCUAAAAAACACUGAUGUUUCUAUCAGCCUUAUGUCAUUAGAAGGGCAAUCAGAAGAACAGCAUUCCAGAAAAAAGGUUGAGUGUCCAUUGAACGAAUCAGUGGAAGUACUAGUGAAAACAUCAUUUGAGCAGAAAGGUAUGGUUGAGACUGGUGCUGACACUAAACUCACCAUUCCUCACUCGUUCUGUUUAGAUACAAGUGCAGAUCCUCCUAGCAUACAAGUUUCUGCACCAAAAGACCCGUCUUCCUCAGUUCCUCCUUUGGUAUCAGAUACAGCCAGUAUUUCCUCAAAUACUCCUGUUUCAAAACGUCACAGGAGACAUAAAGAUGUGUCCCCAGUUCAACUACCAGAUUCUUCAGAACCUGUUAGGCAGAUGCUCAACGAUGAAUUGUUUAGAUUGGUUCAGUUGCAGCAGAUCAACUUUAUGAGCCUAAUGCAAAUAGUAGGAUCAUCGUUUGCCAGCCUUCCCAAUAUACAGCCUACACAGCAUUCUCAAAAUAUGCAUUUGGAAGGAAGCCAGAUUUCAGGCCCCACAAGAGGCAGUGGUGAUGUUGAGCCUACAGGUACAAAUCUUAAGAGAGAUUUCCUACUUGGAUCUAUUGGAGAAAAUUCCAGACAGUUUGAAAAAAGCAGACCUCAUCAUGAAGGAAUUGUCCAGCCUGAUCAGAACAAAGUUGGAAAUAAUCAGAAUAUUCCAUCCUUUUUUGUUCCUUUAGGUCACUUAGAUGGCCAGUCUAAUAAUGGAAAAGUAACUCCAAAAUCUCCAGGCUUGUCCACCACUCCAGGUUCUCCAACUUUUGCUGCAAGCAAUCACUUCCAUUUGUUGUCCACCACACCCACCAUUCACAAGAACCCUAUACUUAUUCCAGCUGUAAAAACCUUAAAUCCUGCCAGUGGUUUUCCUUUGCUUAAGAUUCAAAUGAAGCAUGAAUUCAAACCCUUCUCUGUCCAUCCAGUAAGAGCUCCACAAGUAACAGUCAGACCCCCUCCAGAACCAAAAGAGGCCUGGGGUUCAUCCAAUUCUGGAAAUAAACUUCUUUCAACAGCACACAGCAUCACUCCAACAUCCCAUUUGAAUUUGAGCCAGUAUGAUGUGGAAACUGUACAGAAAGCCCUUGAGCAGAAAAGAUGGGCAGAAAUAAGAACUAUAGAUACCCCUAAGCAUCUCAACUUAGAUCAGUAUGUUGAACAAGAAACCUUGACACCUCAACAUGACUCUUCAGUGAAAAAACAAGAAAAAAUAUUUGAUGUGAGACCAGAGCCCUCUGGAAUACCUAAUCAGAAUUUUCUUGGUGUUCCUUUAUUACACCUGCAACUUAAUCCUACUAUUGGGUUUUCACCAGCUUUGAGAGCAUCAGUUUCUGCUCCCUCAAUCCCUAGUAGACCUAAAGAAAAAGAAAGAGACUCAAAAGAAAUCUUGUACCCAAGCAUAAAGUUACUUCACACUUGCUUACCCCCAGAACGCAAGUGCCAAAAACCAAAGUUCAUUCCACUUGAAAAUCUCAUUGCAUUUAAACAAAGCCAGCAGAAACAAUCACUUAAUUUAUUUGAACAUGGGAAACCUGGGAAUAUCCACCUUUUAAAGGCCAAAAUAGAUCCAAAAAAAGAAAAUAAAAAAAGAGAAAGAAGACGGGCUAAGAAAGACCUUCAAGAAAAGAGUUCAGAGAAACAAGAGAAAAAAUGUGUGACAUUCCGAUCAGAGGAUUCCAUUAUUAAUCCAGAUGGUUUAGAAGUAUUUGUGAAACAAGAGGAUCAACAAGAACAACCUAUUCCUCAGCCUACUGAUUGUUUUGUAAUUCCUUUGGAAUCACUGGAAGAGGACAUCACUACUUCGGCUGGAUUGCAUUAUAUGGCUUCUGUAAAAAAGAAGGUGGUAGAAAAUCAAGAUGCAAGCACAAACACAGACCCAGCAUCUCUGUUAGUGAUGAGUAUAAGAUGUUACCACGUUCAGAAGAUUCAAGUGGAAAAUGUUAAAAAUGACAUUGAUGCCUUACUAAAAACUAGACUCUUAGCAAAUAAAGUUGGAACAUACAAGAAUAUUGAGUGUUCCUCAAUGUUGGCUCCAGAUGUUUAUUUAAAUCUCAGAUUUCCCUCUGAGACAUCAGAAGCACCUUUGACAUCUGAUCCUACAUCUAAUGUGGUUGGACACAAUUAUAUAAAUGUCAUUGACAUUGAAGCUACUGAUCUUCUUCAGGAAUUGCCCGUUAGAGAAGAGACUACAGAUAAUAUUGGUAACAAACAGGAAGGUGAUAACAUGGAAAUUCCAUCUUCUGCAGACCUCCACUACAUGGCAGCUUCUGUUGCUAAUGCAAUUCCUCCUGACCAGUUCAUGAAUAAAGAAUUAUUUAAAAGACCUUUAUUCUAUGAGAGUUCUGCAAAAGUACAGCCUCAAGUCCAAGAAUCUGCUGCAGAAUCAAGUGGUGUCGAAGAGUUUUUAACCUGGAAACGGUGCCAAGAUUUCAGUGCCUCACCUUACACAGUACCACCAGAAAAAAAGAUUGAUAUAAAGCACCUUACCACUAAACUCCUGGAAAUAGACGAAAAACUACUGGUACUACAGAACAUCGCAACUAACGUAGAGCAAGAUUUUAGCAACACUAAGUUGGUGGUGAAGACAGAAGAUCCCUUGGAAUUGCCAUAUUCCCCAGAAGUGGAUAAAGAGACAUUUUCACAAACUUUUAGAAAUCCUGAAGAGGCAUACUCUUUUAGACAUGAAAUUGAAGAAGAGGAAACUCCAUUACUUGAAUUUCCUGAAACAAAGCAUACUGUAUGGAGCUCUGGUUCCUUGUCUUCUAUCGUUUCAUCUUUUAAUGUUUCCAGUGACCAGAUUACUUCUACUGGUACUACUAGUAGUGAAGAUUCUGUUGGAAGUGUUUCAGCAGAUUUUCAGAUAACUGGACUAACUGAUAUUGCUGACAUAAUUGGUGAUCUUAUCACUGAGAGUGGGGUAUCCAGUGAAGAACUUGGUUUAACAGAAUGCCAAGCCAAGAAAAUCUCCAGGAUCCAUGGCACCCCAAGGAAGAGAAAGUCACAAAGAACAGAGAAGGAGAAAAGAGAGAUAAGAGCUUGGAUGAAAAAAAAAAGAAAGGAAAGGAUGGCAGAGUACCUGGCACAGCUAGCUGAGAAGAGAGAGAAAGAAUAUGAACCCUUUCAGUCCCAAAAGCAUCUGUUGUGUAUGACUUCAAAGGAAAUUAGGCUGUGUCAGAGGAUGAAGAAUGAAAAAGACAGAUUACAACUGUCUGAACACUAUCAUCGCCGAGUUACACAAGCAUAUAACCUAAUGAAUGAGUUGUUAUUCGAGUCAGCGCAGGUGCCAAGAAUGUCCUUGACAAAGCCAGCAGGGAGCCCAGCCAAGUCUCCUCGCAUUUCUAGGAAGCAGCAUCAUCUUCCUCCUAGUGGAAAGGACCAUAAUAUUAGUACCUUGUCACCGAGUCGAAAUUCAAAAGUUAGAUUUGCUUCCAAACCUACUUAUAUUCAUGGAAGAUCCCCUUUAAGCCAACAUCAACAUCCAUCUCAACGAAACGGAAUGGCUGCUCUUCCAAUAAAGAAAACAACAGAAAUUACCAAAAGGCCUACACGCAAUGUGUCAUGCUCUCCAGACCUCUCCAGGCAAGACUUUGGUUAUCCCCCUCAACGAGCCAGAUCCAUAAAAAGUUCUGAAACCAGUACAUCCACAAGUAAUGCGGAAGAAUACGAGAGGGAACACAGGACUAUGCCUGAAGGUGUUGACGAGAUUCUUUGCAGAAGUCCAAAUUCCUCCCUUGAGGACUUCUUAGAUGAUUUCCAGUUUCCCAUAAGCAUCAGUGGCCUGGAUAGUGUCGAGAGCACUGGCAGCAUCCUCAGCAAGAUUGACUGGCGUGCUGUUGAUGACCUGGUGGCCGCGGUAGAAAACACGUGAAUAAGUUGUGCCUUGGGCAGUGUGUGUCCAGGCUGCUGUGCACAAUACCAGAGUGACUGAUGGUAAAAAUGACAUCUCAGGGAAAGACUUGGACCAGAGAAGGGGGAUUGUGAUGAC